CUGCAGCUACCGCCGCCGCGGAGAUGCUGAGAAGCCGGGGCCGCUGCGCCCUCGGGCCGGGCCGGAGCAGGAGCCGGAGCGGGAGCCGGAGCCGCUGGCUGCCCGCGCUGUGCUGUUUGUUGGGCGCCGUGCGGGCGGCGGCGGGGGCCGGGGCCAGGGAAGAGGCGGCGGCGGCGGGGUCAGGGGCGGCCCACGAGGCGCCCUUUGCGGGCCAGAGCUGGUUAAAGUCUUACGGCUAUCUGCUUCCCUAUGAUGCCCGGGUACCCACGAUGCCCUCAGGGAAGGUCUUGCAGUCAGCGGUCACCACUAUGCAGCAGUUUUAUGGGAUUCCUGUCACAGGAGUGUUGGAUCAGACAACAAUCGAGUGGAUGAAGAAGCCUCGCUGCGGUGUCCCCGAUCACCCCCACCUGAGCCACCGGCGCAGGAGCAAGCGCUAUGCACUGACGGGGCAGAAGUGGAGACAGAAACACAUCACGUACAGCAUUCACAACUACACCCCCAAAGUAGGCGAGCUGGACACACGGAAAGCCAUCCGCCAGGCCUUUGACGUUUGGCAGAAGGUCACUCCACUGACGUUUGAGGAAGUUCCCUACCACGAGAUUAAAAGUGACCGCAAGGAAGCAGACAUCAUGAUUUUCUUUGCCUCUGGUUUCCAUGGGGACAGCUCCCCCUUUGAUGGCGAAGGGGGAUUCUUAGCCCAUGCCUACUUCCCAGGCCCCGGGAUUGGUGGAGACACUCACUUUGACUCUGAUGAGCCGUGGACACUGGGGAACGCCAACCAUGAUGGAAACGACCUCUUCCUGGUAGCUGUGCACGAGCUGGGCCAUGCACUGGGACUGGAGCAUUCUAAUGACCCCAGCGCCAUCAUGGCCCCCUUCUACCAGUACAUGGAGACACACAGCUUCAAGCUGCCCCAGGAUGACCUGCAGGGAAUCCAGAAGAUCUAUGGUCCUCCUGCUGAGCCCCUGGAGCCCACUCGACCCCUCCCCACACUGCCAGCCCGCCGGAUCCACUCCCCAGAGAGGAAGCACGAGCGUCAACCCAGGCCCCCAAGGCCACCACUGGGAGACCGGCCAUCCACCCCGGGUACAAAGCCCAACAUCUGUGAUGGCAACUUCAACACUGUGGCUCUCUUCCGGGGCGAGAUGUUUGUAUUCAAGGACCGCUGGUUUUGGCGUUUGCGGAAUAAUCGGGUUCAGGAGGGCUAUCCCAUGCAAAUUGAACAGUUCUGGAAGGGAUUACCAGCUCGCAUCGAUGCUGCCUAUGAGAGGUCUGAUGGGCGAUUUGUCUUCUUCAAAGGUGACAAAUAUUGGGUCUUCAAGGAGGUGAGUGUGGAGCCCGGAUACCCUCAGAGCCUGGGAGAGCUGGGUACCUGCCUGCCCCGGGAGGGCAUAGACACAGCCCUGCGCUGGGAGCCUGUGGGCAAGACAUACUUUUUCAAAGGGGAGUGGUAUUGGCGCUACAAUGAGGAGAGACGGGCGACUGACCCUGGAUACCCCAAACCAAUCACUGUGUGGAAGGGCAUCCCCCAAUCUCCCCAGGGGGCCUUCAUCAGCAAAGAAGGCUAUUACACCUAUUUCUACAAGGGCCGGGACUACUGGAAGUUUGAUAACCAGAAGCUGAGUGUGGAACCUGGUUACCCCCGCUCCAUACUGCGGGACUGGAUGGGUUGUAACCAGAAGGAGGUGGAGAGAAGGAAGGAGCGGCGCAGGCCCCAGGACGACGUGGACAUCAUGGUCACCAUAGAUGAUGUGCCUGGUUCAGUGAAUGCUGUGGCCGUCAUCAUCCCCUGUACCCUAUCCCUCUGCAUCCUUGUUCUCGUCUACACCAUAUUCCAGUUUAAGAACAAGGGGGCACAACAGCAGGUUACCUACUACAAACGGCCAGUCCAGGAGUGGGUAUGACCAGUACGUCCUUGCCCCACCAGCCGGGGCAUUCUUGCCAGGGCCUGAGAGAGGGCAGGGACCUCACUCCCAGGACCCAGAGGAACAGGGUGGCACCACAAGGGCCCAGGCCAAGAGCCACAAGCAAUGGGUUUGCAAGUCCAGCCUAAAGCUUGGCCCUUGGAAUCCACCUGGUAAGAGAGGAGUGGGAGAAAUCAGCCAGAGCUGAUCCCCAAGCACCUGCCCCCCACUCAGACCCAAAGCUCCCUUUGUAAAAUGCCUUUGAUCGAAAGGGAAAGGCAAAAGAUAACUUUCGCUGGGGAGAGCUUUGUGUGGGGAGGAGACCUCUGCUCUCCUUGCCUCAUAGCUGUCCCUCAUUCCCAGAGGCUGAAACCCCAAUUAUUAGGGGCCUCUCCUGGGAUUCCCAAAGGCCCUCUGAGCACAGUUUAUCUGGGAGAAACCAGCAUUUGCUCCCUGACAGCUGCCUGGGCCUGUCAUUCCUCUUCUGAGGGACCUGACUCCAGGUGUCCCUGCGUAUGGCAGGAUCCCAUGAUCUUAGGGUGAGGAUUAUGGCCUGGGGCAGGAUCAGCUGCCUGCCUCCUCCUUUCUGCUCCAAAUCUGGGCAUUGUCUGGCUCCCGACUCCCAACACCUGCUGGUCAGAUGUUUGUAACUGAUCAUGGAUCACGGAGCCUGUGUGGCUAUAGAGGCAAAGCUAUCUGUGGGCAAGGAAGGUGUUUUUGCGACCACCCCCACACCCAAGCAGGUUCCUCAGAAAACUGAAGCUUCCCCUGGGCCAAUGAGAGGCAGGGGCCUCUUGUGCUCGGGGAGAGCCUGUGGUCCAGCCUCAUCUCGGCUGGACUUUGCUCUCAUGUCACAAAUAUUUAAAUGUCCCGUUACUACUGUUUUAAUCCCCACUUGUCAGAAGUGAUUUCCUGAGGACUCGGGAAGCUGUCUGUUCAUCUCACUCCAAUGUACACCAGUAUAAGAGCCUCUACCCACCCCAGAGCACCAAGGCCAAGGCCCCACUAAGAUGAGAGAAGCCAGGUAGUAUCUUGGUGCUGUAGAACAGGGAUGGAUCAAGAGUGAGGGGAUGAGCUUCUCCUGGGGGCCCAGGAACCUUUGGAUAUCAACCACUCUGGCCACAGGAGAGGGGAGCUAGGCCGGUAGCCCCAGCUCACUGCUUGCUAAGAAUCCGGGGCCACAGUGGAGACAUUGAAGGCCAAGGACCAGGAAGGUACCUGGCCUUGGAUGGUUGGAGGGAGGUUAGAUCCCCAAGGAACACGGAUGCCCCAGAAUUGAGAGAUUUUCUGAUCUCCCAUCCCCAGUCCCAUUGCUAUACUGUUCCCACUUUUAUUUCCAGUGUGGUUCCUAUCACUGUCCCAGGCCCCAUCCCCAUCCACUUCUCACCUUUCCGUUUCCCACUGCCAGAAAAGGCAACUGGUCUAGCAGUAGAAAGAACAUUGGAUUUGAAGUCGAGAGAGCCUGGGUUUGAAUCCUGACUCUGCUACUUUCUUACUGUGUGACUUAGGUAAGGCCACUUCUCAUCUCGGCUUGUUUCCUCAUGUGUAAAAUGAGAGGGUUGAUCCUGAUGAGCCCGUGAACCUCCUCCCACUCCCAUGCUGAUCCCUAUCCCCUGCCCACUCCUGACCUUCUGUUCUUGGUCCUGGGCCAUGCCUAGAGUUGGGGUGGAAGGGAGCACUUAGAGCUACUGCACUGCCACUCCCCAGCUAUUCCAGUGAUUCCCCUGCUGCAGGGCCCUUGUCCCCUCAGUCAUCCCAAUGAUCCUCCCAUCGAAGAGCCCUGCCCCACUCCCCUCCCAGCCAUCCGCAAGGGACUGCCUGAAACUCCAGGCUUCAUUGAAGCUAGUCAGGAUAGCUCCAAGGUAGACAAAAGUCCGUUAGGCAGAAAGACCUGAGGGACUUUCAGCUUCCUAUCUGUCCUCAAGACACGUUCUGUGCCUCAGCCCAUUUCCUUGUUUCUUCCUUCUCCUCUCACAACGGGCAUGCUGUACCUUGAAUGCCUCUGCUUUCAGGCCGGAAUGCCCAGUUUGGGAUAAACCAGCCCCUGAAAAGCUGAAUUUGUAGAACAGAUAGACAUGUAGACAAGUCUUUACUUUGUAAAAGGGAGUUCCCUAGGAUUGCAACAUCUCCUAGUGCAUUUAAAAUGAGAUUCUGGGAAUUCAAGUUUAACCUUUCCAGACACAAAAGGAUUGUGGAUCAUAGAGCCGGAAGGGAUCUCAGAGACUGUGUUCAAUUUUCUCAUGGUAAAUCGAGGUUCAGAGAAGGAUCACAUAGUGAAGUAGGGCAGAUCCAAAUGUCCAGUGCAAAAUAUGAACUUUUCCACUAGGAUUUCCACUUUCCAGGUGGUUUUUAUAGUUGGUCUCAGUGACCUCUCUGCCCACCCAUUCAUAUCCACUAUCCACUUUUCCUGGGCUGGACACCCUCUCCCUCUCCCCUAAUGCCCUUCAUGGUCUCUCCACGGUGUCCUUCAUUGAUAGAGCUGAAAUUUAAGCUCCUCAGACAGCCUGGAUUGGGUCUCUCUCCAGGGCAAUGAGGUUCCUUUCUCUCCAUUACAAAUGUAAGGUAUUGUAUCAUCAGCAUUUUAGCACCAAGGCUAUGUAACCUGUGAACUUAGCCUCCCUUGGGCCAAGCCAAGCCAACACGAAGCCUUGGGGGUCUUCCUUGUUUCUACUUCUCCUGGCACAGACAUGCCCAGAGCCAUAACUUGGUAUCCUAACACCUGGGGCAAAUUUAAUUAAGAAGGGUGGAGAGGAGUGACACAGGCUUGACCCAGGAUAAACAAUCUGACUUCUUGUACAGGGCUGCUUUGGAGGGAGGCAGUGUGUUCCCUCUCCAGACCUCUACUGGCCCAUGACCCGUGACUCCCAUCACAAGAGAUGGGAGGAUCACCAGGCCAGUGGAUUGCUUCAAGGCAGAGGCAUGGAGAUUUCCUGACUGCUGAAAGGAGGAAGUGAGAUUCCCUUCCACUCUCUCCCCCGCCCCCUCUCCACAUCAACGAAUUGGUACAAAGCCAUGGCUGCCCUAGGUAUUGAUAUCUGGAGACUCAGGAGCCUAGAAAGACUGGGGCUGCCCUCCCCAUACGUCCAUGUCUCCAAUGUGAAAUCCCUGUAGAAUCCUUGCUUGUGGGUGAGGACAGGGCAGGUAUUUCUGGUUCCUCCUUCCUUAACUAUGGUCUAGUAGGUGGGAGGCUCCUUCCCUAGUGGCCCUAGGACUCUGUCCUCAAGCUUGUCCUAGUCAGCAUUUUUGUCUUGACUUGAACAAAAGU